AUGUUGCGCAAAUUAUAUGAUGAAGAACAAAUAGAGGAAGAUAAAUUUGAAGAAGAGGAGGAAGAAGAUUCCGGUCCCAUGUACGACACCGAUGGAGAAGGGGAAUUUUGUGAAAGAAUAAAUUUCUUGGUUGAAGAGGAAUUUAUUGAAGAAAUUGAAGAAGAAACUAAUUUCGUGAUCGGAGAUGAAUUUGUUGAAGCAGUUGUGGAAGAAAUCAAUUUUGUUGAUAUGGACAGAAUUGUUGAAGAAAUUGUGAUUUUUUUUGAACAACAAAUUUCAUUCCAAGAGCUUACAACCACGAGAACAAAUGAUUAUAAGUGUCACAAAAAUUCAGGUUCUCAUAUCUUUUAUGAACAUAAUUUCUUUUCUAAAGAUCUUAAAGAAAUCCAAAUUGGAAGCUUCAUUGAUCAAGAAGGUUUAUUCGUUUUUCAUCUUCAUUUUCAUUUCAAAGUGUGGGAGAUUUUUACACUUUGGAGGCCAUGGAAUGCUUAUAUUUUGCAUUUUGAAGACCUUGGAGAGAGGACGAAGUAUGGUGAGAGGUUUGAUUUUACUAAUUAUCAUCUUAAUAAUGAUGUUUUUGUUUUGUCUUCGUUCAUUGAUCAAAAGGAGAAAAAAGACUUGUGUAUUACUUUUGAUAAAAAGUUUUGUGCAAUUAGAGAUGGAGACUUUUCAUUCGUGGCUCAAAAACAGCAAGACCAAUUAUUUUUGGAUGAUGGCAGAAUUUUGUACCCUUCAAAAGACAUUAUGAUGAUUUCCAAAAAAAUAUGUGUUCAUGGUGGUAUCAAUCAGUCACCAAAAGAGGCAUUGCGUGGCAAUUCUUAUGCCCAUUUUCUAUGUUGUCCACAAACAAAACAUAUUUUCAUUAAUUCUUCAUUCAUUGUUCAAAAACACCAAGACCGAUGGCGUGAAGUUUGUUGGGAACGAAAGAAGAAGGAUGGUUCAAGUUCAUGGGAAUGUACGGAAGUGGUUUUUCAUCCACAAAUGGAAGAUACGGUUAAGAUUGAAUUUGGUGAGUUAUUUGAAGAAGAACAUGUGUAUGUGGAGAAAAGACCAAGUUGGAGUAAAGAAAAUGUUACAUUAUGCAAUAACAAAUUGUUUUCAAGACUUUCUGUCAUGGAAGGUUCGUAUGGGGGAACAACACAAUUUGGUUCUUACUGA